AUGCCAGUGGAGGAUAAAAAAAGGAAAGCAAUGGAAGUAAUUAAAUUUUUAAAGCUAGAUCACGUACUCAAUGAUGAAAUCGGAGAUGAGGGGCUUGAUUCAGUUAUGUCGUAUGAAGUAUGCAAAAUGCUGAAAUAUAUUGCUGAAAUACAAAAUAUAACGAUAGUGGCGAUUGUCCAUUCACCAUCUCAGAAAGUCUUUAAAACGUUUGAUGACGUUUUGGUAUUAAAUGAGGAAGGAAAGUCCGAGUUUUCUGGACAUACAAAAUUUGUAAUAGAAGACUUUAUUAGUCGCAAUCCAAGAGGGGCUGAAGAAGGGUAUAAUUUCAUUCACAAUGUUGCUAAAAAAUUCCACAAUUUAUUAAUGAUUUAUUUAUAG